AGCUGUUUUGGCUCAAGAUGCGGAGCCGCCCGGCGCGAGCGGGUGCGCCCGCCCGAGGUCGGUGAAACAUUUCCACGGAAAGACGCGGUGCCCUGGUCGCGAUGGCGUUCAAGUGCCAGAGGUGGACGUUAGCCAACGCACUGCCGGUGAUCUUCGUGCUGUGGAUCAUCGCGACGAUCUACGGGGCCCACGCGUGGCUGCACCUGCGGCCCUUGCGGGAGCGCGACCCCUGCUCCUUCUACGUCGAGGCCGCCGUAUCGAACACGCUCACGGCCCUGCUGCUGGUGUGCCUCGGCAGGGCCAUGUUCACGGACCCCGGGUCCGUGCCUGACGUGCCCGAGUGGCGGGACGCGCAGGGUGGCGUCUGGGGUUCUUGGCAGGGCACGCGCGGCGGCCCGGUGAGCAGGGAUCAGACGGGCGAGAGCGGCUCGGUGGUGCACGAGGUCAAGCAGACCGGCGGGCGCCGCUUCUGUAAGUGGUGCGACAGCUACAAGCCCGACCGCUGCCACCACUGCCGGGUGUGCAAGUCGUGCGUCCUGCGCAUGGACCACCACUGCCCGUGGAUCGCCAACUGCGUCGGCUUCAGGAACCACAAGUGUUUCUUCCUGCUUGUGCUGUAUUCCUUCUUGAACUGUGCCUUCAUCUUCGUGACCAUGUCUCAGUCCCUCGUGCGGUCCCUGAGCCUCGAGUACCGUUCCUCCAUGGAGCGUUUUUUGAUGGUCUUCGGCCUCACGUUGGCUUGCAUCAUGGCGCUGCUUCUGAAGGCCUUCCUCAGCUUGCAUAUAUGGCUGAUGCUGAAGGCCACGACCACCAUCGAGCUUUGCGAGAAGCGAUCGCGGCAGGGCUGCUCCAAGCCGCUCCCCUGCUACGAGCAGGGAGCCUACGAGAACCUGCGCGCCGUGCUGGGGCCGAGCCCGCUGCUCUGGCUGCUGCCCGUGGCGCCCCCCGCCGGCGACGGCUUGCACUUCCCGGUGCGGGAGGCCCGCGCUUGCGCGGCCCAGGGCGCGGACGCGGGCGCCUCGGUGGGCGCUCCCGCCGGCGCGGCGGGGGGCGGCGGCGCGCUGCUGGGCCCCGAGGCGGAGACGGACGCCCCCGCGGCGCAGGGCGGGGAGUCCCCCGUCGCCAGGUGAGCGCCAGCGGGGCCGGCCGUCCUGUCCGUUCUCGCGUCCUCCCGCCGCGGCCUCCCACGAUCCUCCCAGACUUCUUCGGCUCGCAUCGCACGCGGGUGGUUGGCAAGCCGACGCGCAGGGUGCCUCAUCUGACCCUGCGUGCCCGCGGGUGUGCGCGCGGGCCUUGGGCUUAAGUCGGCCCUGUCCCUCUACAGGAGGAAUGUGC